UUUAAGUUAUAUAAAAAAAAUAAAUAAAAGGAAAAAAAUAACCUUCAAAACACUCACGCCCGCCUCCCUCACAAGAUCGCCCUAGCUCCCGCCGCACCGCCCUCGCUGGAUGCCCUCUCGCGCUCGAAGCUCGCCGGCGAACGCUCGACUGCCGUCGUUCUCCCCGCUGCCGGAGCUCCUACCCGAGGGAUUUCGAGGGGAGAUUUUGGCCUCUUCACCGUCUCGGCCGUUUGCUCGCGGUUCUUAGGUCCUCGCCGCCGGCCUCCCUCGUCGCCGGCCUCCCUCGUCGCCGGCGUCCAGCACCCGCCGGCCUUAGCCUUCUCUGGCGCGAACUCUCAGCGGCAUCCCGGAUCCCUCCUUGGGUUGCUCGUGACCGCAGCCCCCGACGGCUAAGCCUCCUUCGACGUGUGAACCUCCCUCCGGCGUUCCACUGCUGUACCUAGGGCAGAGCUCGCUCCCUCUCCCCUGCAUUUUUCUACAGGCUCUCCACCGAAGCACCUCGUCGGCCCUCGCUCGCUUGUGGUCAGAAACUUCGCCGGAGUCCUCGCCAUCGACGGACACCAAGGGUCUCACGGCGUGAAAAGAGUGGAAGUUCUCUCCCAUUUCGAAGAGAGCUUCUUCCGGACUUUGUUGGGCAUCGAGCAAACUUUGCGUUGUAUCAUGCCCGACUUCUCUUAAAGGUUGAUUUACUAUGAGCAGCACUAUCGAAAGGGGUUGGGAUGAAGAAUACUCUGAAAUUGGCGACAAGGGUGAUGUUGGUUUUUUGGAUUUCGAGAAUGAUAAAUCGUUUUGUAGUUUUAAUCCAACUGAGACAGGUCCUGUUGUGAUUUCGACCCCCUUCCCUUUCAUUUCUGGAAAACCUCAAUCUGCUGUCAUUGGGGAGGUAUCUUCUGACUCUAUCUGUAUCAAAAACACCACCGAUGAACCAGUUGAAUUGUGGAGUAUUCGAAUCUUUUCUUCCAGCCCAGAGGAUUCAUAUCUUCUUUCUUUAAUGAAGCCACCGGCUGCUAAUGCUGAUGAGAGAGAAAUUGAUGCAUUCGUGGAUUCAGAUGCUCUGGAAGAUAGGGUGCUUCAACCAAGACAGACUCUUACUAUUUGGCUUUCAUGCAGACCUAAAGAAAUAGGUUUACACACUUCAGCUGUGCAUUUUGAUGUGGGUUCUGACAAAAUUGAGCGAAUUGUUUUUUUGUUGGCUGAUGAUGAAGUAUCACAAGCUCUGUUCUGUAAGAAACCCUAUUCCAGAGGUCCACGUCGUAGAAUGUUGUUUGAGUGUGACAAUUUUGUAGCUGGUUCUCGACCGCAUAGGCCUGUUACACAGUCAAGUAGAUACAAACUUCCUGGGUAUGCCAUACCUAAAGAAAUCCGUGAACUGGUUGAGGCUAAGCAGAUUCCUGAUGUUAUAAUGGAAGGGUUAAAUACUUCAAACUAUGCCAGAUUUUUUAGCUCUUUGGUUAACAUUGAAGAAAUACAUUUGGGGGAAGAGAUGAGAGCUCAUGACAUGGAGUCGGUGAGUAUGAGGAGGAGGGAUAACCAGUUUUUGUCCCUUGUUGUCCCUGGUUUGGCUGAGAGAAGGCCAUCCCUUGUACAGGGAGAUUUUAUUUUUGUUAAACUUGCCACUGACAUUUCAGAUAGUAGAUCUCGUCCUUAUCAGGGUUAUAUUCACAAAGUCGAAGCUGAUGAAAUUCUUCUAAGAUUUGAUAAGAAUCUACAUCAGUGUCAUCGGGAUGAUCACCUCUAUACUAUUAGUUUCACUUACAACAGAGUGAAUAUGCGAAGAUUAUAUCACACUGUUCAAGCUGCAGAGAGUUUGGGACCUGAAAUCCUCUUUCCAUUUCAGUCGGCAAACAGAAGGGUUAUCAACACAGUUCCUUUUCAGCCCUUGAGUCCAUCACUUAAUAGAGAACAGAUGCAUUCCGUUGAAAUGAUUCUUGGUUGCAAAGGAUUUCCGCCAUAUGUGAUCCAUGGACCUCCAGGUACUGGGAAGACAAUGACACUGGUUGAAGCCAUACUGCAGCUCUAUACCACAAGGAGAAAAGCGAGAAUCCUAGUUUGUGCUUCUUCAAAUAGUGCAGCAGACCAUGUUUUGGAAAAACUGCUUGCUCAGAAUGCAGUUGGGCUGAGACAAAAUGAAAUAUUUAGGCUAAAUGCAACCAGCCGCCCGCUCGAAGAUAUCAAAUCUGAUUUUGUUAGUUUUUGUUUUUUUGAGGGCACAACUUUUAAAUGUCCUCCACUAAAAGCUUUGUUGCGUUACAGGGUCAUCAUAUCAACUUAUAUGAGUUCAUUUCUGCUACACGCUGAAGGCAUUCGCAACGGCCACUUCUCUCACAUUUUCCUCGAUGAGGCUGGCCAAGCUUCUGAACCUGAGACAAUGGUUCCGAUAUCAACCUUAUGUGAGAAGGAUAGUGUCGUUGUUCUUGCGGGAGACCCCAUGCAACUAGGUCCUGUUGUCUAUUCAAGAAUUGCAGAGAGCCACGGCUUGGGAAAAUCCUACUUGGAAAGGCUGUUUGAGUUUGAAUAUUAUGAAGGAGGUGAUGAGAAUUAUGUUACAAAGUUGCUGCGGAACUAUCGUAAUCAUCCUUCUAUUCUGGAACUACCCUCAAAAAUUUUCUACAAAGGUGAAUUGAUUGCUUGCAAAGAUGAUGAUGAUGAAUCUUCUAUUUAUGACUGGAUUAACCUUCCAAACAAGACAUUUCCAGUCCUAUUUGUUGGAAUUCAAGGAUGUGAUGAGAGAGAAGGUUGUAAUCCAUCAUGGUUUAAUAGGAUUGAGGCUAGUAAAGCUGUGGAUAUUAUCAAAAAACUGUUGAGGAACCCUGACCUGAGCGAGGGUGAUAUUGGAGUUAUAACUCCUUAUAGGCAACAAGUGCUGAAGCUACAGAAUGCCUUAGAGUCGCUUGAAAUACGAGAUAUCAAGGUUGGAAGUGUGGAGCAAUUUCAGGGACAAGAAAAAAAAAUAAUAAUCGUAUCAACUGUCCGUUCAACCAUUAAACAUGAUGAGUUUGACAGAGUGUACAGCUUGGGUUUUCUUAGCAAUCCCCGGAGGUUUAAUGUUGCUAUCACUCGGGCUAGAUCCUUGCUUAUUAUAAUUGGGAAUCCACACAUAAUAGCAAAGGAUCCUUACUGGGAGAAGCUAUUGAGGCUUUGUGUAGAUAAUGGUUCGUAUCAGGGAUGCUCUCUUCCUUCUCUGGAGAGAGAAGAUUUUUGCAGGCCAUUCUCGCCCCAUUUUCUUCCACAAAAGCCAAACUCUGAAGGAGUUGAAUGGGGAGAAGAUUCAUUCCAUUGUUCCAAACGAGUUGAAUGGGGAGAUGAAGUCACAAAACCAUAUAACUACAAAGAUGUUGAAGAUGUUGAAUUCGGUGAAUCUGUAGAGCACCCAAAUGAGGGAAAAUGGUUGGGAAAUGACUCCAAAUUUAAUUCCGAUAAAUAUGACAGUGCUGAUAGUUCCGCUCGGAAUGAUUCUUCCAUUGACCAUUACGGAUCUAUCAAAGCAGAAGUGGAGGAUGAAACAAACAAUUUUGAUGGAGCUGGCCAUGAUUGCUCUACACCCUUCAAGAUGGAAAUUGAAUGGAAAGGUAUGACCUGCACCUCCACAGGUUGGGAUUGAUCGUGCUUUGGAAUGUUAUUUUGCUUGAUUUUUUGGAGUUAAAAGUAUCUAUGAAGCUUGAUUUUGUAUGUUAGGGUGGUAAGCAAAUUAGUGUAUUCAUUGAACAACUCGAUAUUUGGUCAUAUAAACUUUCUUUAUCUUAGUCAA